UAUCUUUUUGCUUAACAGUUCAUGCUAAACCAGCCACAGAGGAAGAUCAGCUCAUUCUUCUUCCCCGUGUACCGGGUUUUCUUCACUUUGUAGAGGAGGACAAACACCCAGCCAUUAUGCCAGACCUUUGGCAAGAAGCCAUGGACCAUGCUGUGGCCUUGGCUCGGAAGGCUGGAGGGAUUGUCAGGGAGGCGCUGCAGAAUGACAUGAAGAUCAUGUGCAAGAGCUCCUCUGUAGACCUGGUCACCAAGACUGACCAAAAGGUGGAGCAGCUCAUCAUCGCCUCUGUCAAAGAGAAGUUUCCCACACACAGCUUCAUAGGAGAGGAGUCUGUGGCGGCUGGGGAGCCCUGUGUUCUUUCAGACAACCCAACCUGGAUUGUUGACCCUGUGGAUGGGACCACCAACUUUGUGCAUGGAUACCCAUUUGUAGCCAUUUCAAUUGGAUUCGCUGCUAAUAAGCAGCUUGAGUUUGGAGUGGUUUACAGCUGUCUGGAAGAUAAAAUGUACACAGCUCGGAAGGGCAAGGGUGCUUUUUGCAAUGGCGAGCCUCUACAGGUCUCUGACCAGACAGAUAUCAAUCAGUCCAUCAUCGCCACAGAGUUUGGCUCUAACAGAGACCCUGAAGUUGUUGACAAGAUCUUUUCCAGCAUGAGGAAAGUCCUAUGCCUCCCUAUCCACGGGAUGCGAGGUGUAGGUACGGCAGCCACCAACAUGUGUCUGGUGGCAGCAGGCUGUGUGGAGGCCUAUUAUGAGAUCGGCAUUCACUGCUGGGAUAUUGCUGCUGGCGCAGUCAUCGUGUCUGAGGCAGGUGGAGUCCUUAUGGAUGUGGAAGGAGGACCAUUAGACCUCAUGUCCAGAAGGGUGGUAGCCGCAAACAACAAGACAAUCGCACAAAGACUGACCAAAGAGAUCGAGGCAUAUCCCGCCCAAAGAGAUGACGCCCCUAUAAACUCAAAGGAAUGAAGCCAUGGGAUGUUUUAAUUGGUUAAGGUGGUGUGUGUGUGUGUGUGUGUGUCAUUUUAUUUGUGUUAUAGGCUCUGAUGUACAGCAAUAGUGAAUGACAAG